CACAAUUAUAAAUGAAUAUAACCAGCUUGUAAGAGCCAUUGAGCUCAGAAUUUUAACUUGUGCUUCAGUUACUUUCUCCUGUAUACUAAGCAACAAUAAAAAUAACUUUGUAGAUUUCAUCUUUGGACUCUGACUUCUUUCUUGAGGAGAAGAGACACAGACCUUUUUCUCUCUCCUGAGGAGAAGCUUAGAGGACGGACACCUUUUUCUCCUUAUUGCCGAUCCUGCCUAUACAACUACGAGUUUUGCGUCUUUCUUUUCUUUUACCGGGAAGACUGAUACCUGACUGAGGAGAAGACAUUGACACACCAAGACCGGACGUGAACGGAACCCGGACAAUGAUCUGAGACCACUUCAGAGACCAGCCUCAACCGACACGUAGAAGAUUCAGAGGAGACAGCAACAGCGUAGAAAAACCACCACAUACCAGUACAUCUAUUGAAGGAGACAUAUUCAAGGGAAGCUGGAGGAGAUUACUGAUACAAUCUACAUCUACAUACUAACAAUGCUUUAAAAUGGGAAACAGUGCGUCUCGUGAAUGUCACAAAUGUGGGUGUUCUUUACCACCAUGUAAAAGACGAAAAGAUUUCCACAAAGAGACUUUGGAUGGACGCCAUGUCUAUGUAUUUAAUGGUGGUCAGUACUACAGAGAAGUUAAACAUGCUGAUUUCUAUGAAUGUCCAACAUGCUUCUGGAAACCAAAAAGGGACAGAGAACUAGCAGAAAAAACAAGACAAGAGGAGAAAGAGAGGAGGCAACAAGAGGAGCAAGAGAGGAAAGAGAGAGAGGAGAUACUGAGGAAAGAGAGAGAGCAGCUACUGAGGAGAGAGAGAGAGGACCAACAGAGGAAACAGAAAGAGGAGCAACAGAGAAGAGAGAGAGAGGACCAACAGAGGAAACAGAAAGUGGAGCAACAGAGAAGAGAGAGAGAGGACCAACAGAGGAAACAGAAAGAGGAGCAACAGAGAAGCGAGAGAGAGGACCAACAGAGGAAACAGAAAGAGGAGCAACAGAGAAGAGAGAGAGAGGACCAACAGAGGAAACAGAAAGAGGAGCAACAGAGAAGAGAGAGAGAGGACCAACAGAGGAAACAGAAAGAGGAGCAACAGAGAAGAGAGAGAGAGGACCAACAGAGGAAACAGAAAGAGGAGCAACAGAGAAGAGAGCGAGAGAGGAGAAAGAGUGAGGAGCAACAGAGGAGAGAGAGAGAGGAGCAACAGAGGAAACAGAAAGAGGAAGUAAGGAAAAUUGACUUAAAUGUGUUUAAUCAUGAACACACUGAAAAAGAGGGCACUUACGAAGAAGAUGAUGAUGAAGACGACGAUGAUGAUGACUAUGAUGAAGAAGAAGAUGAAGAAGAAGAAAACUAUGAUGAAGAAGAUGAAGACAGCCUGCUUGACAUGCUUUCCACUAAAUUAAAUUCAGACUUUUCUAGUUUGAAACUUCAGGACCUGUCUCCUCAACAGGUAGAGGAAAUUAUCCAAAUUUUGAAGGAACUUUUCAUUGAUUGGACAAAUGAACCUCCAAGCCAACACAUCCUGGAGCAGCUGCAGGUUCUUCUCAUAGAGCUGAUAAUAGGAUCCUGCGAGAUAGAUGAGGACACUGCUCUGGUGUUAGAACUGCAAGCUGAGCUGCAUGAUCUUAUCAACACCAUGUCAGACUCAACACAGAGUGUAAAGGAAUGCCUUCAUUUAACUCAAACUCUGUUCCAUCUAUUUCAAUACGAAUGUAAAACCAUUAGAACCUCAAGCAGCACCGAUAAGAGUAUGUUGCACCUUGCUGAAACAUGGGCUAAUUGUGAUAUUUUAAUCAAGGACACAAUCUUGCUAAACUUUUUGGAAACACUUUUAAAGAACUUAAAAGACUUUGACAGCAGUUUGUCAACAAAUACUCAACUUAUUUGUUGUGAAUUACUGAUUGAAAGAGUUAUGCGUUACUGGAAGGCAGAAGGUGGAAGUGAUAUCACAGAAAAACUAUUAGGACUUGUCCAAACCCAGCUCUGGUCUCCAUCAAAUCUAAUAGAACUUUUAAGGAUUUUAAGUGAUAAACAUCCGAACGAUAUUCUGAAAAUCCUACAUUUGAUUGAAAUAUAUCGUGUCUCCAACACAUGGAAAGGCAAAGAUGGAAAAUCAUUAACUCACAUAGUUCAACUUGACAGGAUGACUAUCAAAAAGCUGGAUCUUGCUGUGGCUCGGGAUGAAGCAAAGGGCCUUGAUGAAGUCAUCAAUGAAAUAAAAAAGGGAAAUCUGAUUGAAAAGAGCACACUUAACAAAAUCAGGAACAUCACUAUAAAUGUCCUUGUAGAUACUAACCUUAAGAAUCAUCCAGAUAUGCCCAAAGAGGAUACAUUGCAGAAGCGUAGAAAGGAUUUUUUGUUAACCAAUGGACAAGACAUCAAUGAACUCCAGAAGUUACUGGAACUGCUGUGUAGAUCCGUACAUGAAGUUAAAGGGUGGUGGCCUCGUGUCACACAGAUGGUCAGCUGGUGUCUCCUAGCAUUGACAAAUUCUGGUAAACUUCUAGAAGUUGCUACAGGAGAGGGGAAGUCUUGUAUAAUAGCCAUGUUUGCAGUUUUCCGUGUUUUGAAAGGAGAGAAGAUAGAUAUUGUCUCAUGCUCCUCGGUUUUAUCUGAGAGAGAUGUGAAAGACUGGAAAGAUUUCUACAGUCUCUUUAAUAUUACAGUGGACACAAACACUGACAAAACUGAAGAUGAAGAUCGAAAUCGGUGUUAUGGUUCUGAUGUUGUGUACGGGACAGUGGAGACAUUUUCUGCUGACUUCCUCCGUCAGAAUUUUGAGAUGAAACAGAUAUUUCCUCAACCACGAUUUCAGUGCAUUAUAGUGGAUGAGGUUGACUCCCUUAUGCUGGAUCAAGGACUUCAGUUCACUUACUUAUCUAGUGACAUGCCUGGCAUGCAGGACCUUGGUCCCAUUCUUGCCAUGAUCUGGUGUUCUGUUAGCCAGUGUGGUUAUGUUGCGUCUAAAACGGAAACCUUCUUGAGGGGCCCCCUUUUACCCUUCUACAAGGCUCUUCAUGAAGGGACUGAUAUUGAGGAUCCCCUGCAGAUUCUAGAAAUUGCUGAACAGAAAGGACUGGUUCCUCCUGGAGCUACUGAAGAUGUCUUAUCAGGGAAGCAGGACAUUUUAAAAUAUCUCUUAAGCACUGCCAAUCACGAAACAAUGCUCAAUAUUUUAAGUGCAGCAGAAGAAUAUUUUCCAUAUAAAUGGCUGCCAUACACACUGGAUGACAAAGGUACCCUCCAACUGAGGAUGCCUCCUGGUAAUGAAGGUUUGGAACAAACUAAUCAAGAUAUUCCCCAUCUACCAGUUUUAAUUGUUGAAGAUGGUUUAUGUUGUGCUCUUUAUGAUGCUUAUGAAGACUAUAGUGAAACUGUGGCAGAGAACGUCAAAAAGCAUAUCCAGUAUACUCCAUGUGACAAAAACAAAGGUGAUGCAUUACGUGUACCAGGCUUCCUUAAAGAUCUGGUUGAAGCAAAACUACAGACAUGGGUGGAAAAUGCCUUUCUUGCCAUCAGGCUUCAAGAAGGCAGAGAAUACUUGGUUCAAGAGAAGCAGGUAUUGCCUGUAGACUUCAAAAGCACAGGCAUUGUUGAAAUGAACAAGAAAUGGGGUGAUGGGCUGCAGCAGUUUCUUGAGAUGAAGCAUCUCACCAAAGUGAGCACCUUGUCUACUAUCACAAACUACAUCUCCAAUGUCAGAUAUUUCAACAUGUAUAACGGACAGAUUUAUGGAACAACAGGCACACUGGGAACAGAAUCAGACCAGGAGUUCUUACAAAAACUGUAUUCUACACUCUCUGUUUGUAGGAUUCCAACAUUCAAUCGAAAGAAGCUGUUUGAAGAGAAAGGCCUAAUCAGAAGCACAAAAGAAGAAUGGCAAGAAACUAUCUGUUCAGUGAUCCGGAAAAAAGUGAAAUCCACUUCCUAUAGGAAAGGACGAGCAGCUCUAGUGAUAUGUGAAGAUAUCAAUAAGGCUAAUGAUCUGUAUGAAGUCAUUAAAAAUCUGGCAGAGUCAGAAAGUGAAAAGACUAUCAAAGUCAGACAGUACACUCGUAAUGACGGUCAGCAUGGGAAUGUCAGUGACUUUGAUUUGAAUCCAGGUGAUGUGAUUGUAGCCACAAAUUUAGCUGGUCGAGGCACUGACAUCAAGGUGUCUGAAGAGGUUGUAAGAAGUGGAGGUCUGUUUGUGGUUCUCACUUUUCUUUCCCAAAAUGCAAGAGUUGAACUGCAGGCUUUUGGAAGAACAGCUCGCAAAGGGCAGCCUGGCUCAGCACAGGUGAUUGUCUGUUCAAGCGACAUUCCUUUCAUUCUUACAAUGGAUGCAAACAUUGACAAACUGAAGGAUGUGCGAGACUAUAGAGCCAAAUGGAAGGUUAAACACAUCAUGGAAGAUGAAAUCGUUGAAGUCAACCUGAGAGAAAAGCUCUUUUUGAAAUACUGCAGUAUUCUUUCCGGAAUAUAUAAGAGCAUUGCUAAUAAAGGUGAUAAAAAAGUUACGGCUGCCAUCAUGAAUGAAUACUGGGGAACAUGGCUACAGAUUAAAUCUAAAGAUCUAGUUCAGCGUAAGGGAAAAGAACUGGAGGAAAGCCUUGAAAAGGACACAGAAAUGGCUAAACAUAAAUCACAAAGCAGUGAGUCCCCUUUAUCAAGUAUCUAUCACUACAUUAAAUUUGGUAACAACUUGCUCAGUGCUGGUAAAACAGAAGAAUGUGCCAAGUUUCUUGAAAAAGCCAUGAAUUUAGACCCUUCUUGGGCUGCCAUUGCUUUCUACAAUCAUGCUUACUGUACAUUAAAGCAAAGAAAAGAAAACUACCUGGACGCCUCCUUGAAGGAUCUUGAGAAGUCCGUGGAUUCCCUGCACACACUCAAGGAGCAGUGUCUGGUAACAGCGAGUCUAUUGCAGCUCUCAGUUUCACACGUCAAGACUGAAAACAAAACAGAGUUUCAGAAGAACAUCCACAUCAAAGUGCAGGUGCUUGAUUUCUUUGAGAAAAACAUAUUGACAUCAAUUCUAAAUCUGAAGGACAUCCAGUCCAGACACAGUGAUGCUGUGACUGUGGAGUCUGCUGUUUUUUCUCUUGGUCUUCAAUCUGAUUCAGUUGUGCAUGAAGAAUUGUAUGAAUUGUACAAGAUGGGUCUCCUCAAUGUGUUUUCUGUAGAGGAGAAACCUCGCUUCUGCUGGGAAGGUCUUGGGGUGUUUUUACUGGGAGUCAUACAAAUAGUAGGAGGUGUACUUCUAACCGCUCUAACAGCUGGCACUCUUUCCAGUAUUGGGAUGGCACUGAUUACUGAGGGGGUAUCUGACUGCAUUGAUGGAGUGACAGCUGUAGUCGAAGGAGAAUUCAGUUGGGGUUCUUGGGCCAUUUCCAAAGCAAUCUCUAUUGGUGUGUCAUUGAUUGGUAGUGGAAUUGGUAAAGUAGCAACAAAGGCCUUUGAGAAAGAUUUGACACGCUUACCAGAAAUGCUAACUAGUGAGAUUAGAAGUGAGUAUACUGCAGUGAUGAAGGAAAACACAAAAAAUGCUUUCAAAUAUGCAGGUAAAGAGAUGGCACAACAAACAGUCAUGUACGGAAUAGGAAAACAUGAAGAGGUUGUACUGAAUAGAAUUCUUGAAAAAAUAGAAACACAGAUUCAAGCAGAAUCACAAAAAACCAUGAGGGAAAAAGUACAAACUAAGCAGCUGAGACCCAUAAUUGAUCGUUUAGUUAUGUCCCAGCUGACAGACCCCAAAGAAGUGAAGCUGCUCCUAGAUCCUGGGAAGCCUCUCUGUGAUUCUGUAAAGAAUGUCUUCAGUGAGUUUGUUCAUGAAAUUCUGAAUGAAGAUUACAGGAGUCUUGAGCGGCAGAAUCAACUGUUUUCUGCUAUAACUGAUGUCAUUGAAAAAGCCAAAACAGAGGUCCAAGGCAGGAAAAAGACCAUUCUAAAUAUUAUUGAAAUUGGUUAUUUAAGUACACUUAAUGGGCUUGCUAUCAAUAACGUAAACAACCUUCUCAAUGACUUUGCAUCUAAAUUAAGUGCCAAUAUAAAUACAUUAAUGGAUGAAAAGAAAACAUUGAGUACAUGUGAUCUUUCUGAAGAUGAUGAACCCAUCCUAGCACAAUUUAGGGAAACCCUUGCUGAUUCUAUUUCUAAAGAGCUUGGAACUCUCUUAGUUCAAACUUUCCAUCAGAAGUUUGCAGGGCACCUUGUGAAAGAAGCUCAGUCUAAAAUAAAUCAAUAUGCAAGCAGCUUCAUAAGCAACAAGCUGAACACCAACAGAACUGUAGAAAAGUUAAAGGGCAGCUCUGCAGCACUCUACAUAACACACAUGGCACCCACCAUUGCAUUUAACAAGAUACACCCAGCUGAUCAAGAUUAUUUUGACAAAUACAUUAGAAAGAUUCAAGAGUCAAAUACAACAGGCUCUGUACUGGAUUUAAAAAUGUUAUCAGAAACAACAGGCACAAAGGUAAUGGUUUCUGAAAAGGACAAGAAAGGGAAGCUGCAGACAAAGCAUGUUUUAGAACCAAGUUCGAGUAGAGUACACAAUACAAUACAUCUAGUCUACCGGACAGCCAGCAAAGAUGACCCUGAAGGCCAUUAUGAUGUUUGUAUAAAUAGUAAAAUCUAUCCAGUCAGGAGUGAAGGGAAAAGCUGCAUGUAUCACGCCUUCGCACAAGCAUUGCAUCCUGAAGCACAGGACUCUAAGCUCCCCCUAAAGGCAAAAGAUCUUAGAGGAUUAGGAAUACCAAAAAUAGAGCAGUUACAAAAAUUGAUAAAAAAAGGAGAUACGGUAGAAUAUGUUACUCAACAGAUAGGACGUGUCGAUUCUUACAAAAAUAAUAGAAAAAAAGUGCAAGGUUUUGGAUGUCUUUUAAAUGCAGAUCAUCAGCCUCCUAUAAAUAGCAUUCUGAAUGCCUGUCAGACACAGCUAGAAAAGACACUGGCUAAAUCUUUGCUGCAGCUGGCCCUCGGAAAUAAAUACCAAGCUAAUUUAACAGCUGAAGAAAUACAAAACCUAAAGAAAAAGUGUAGUUUCUGUGACCUGCCGUCUGUGGUAGUGCCAUAUGAUAUGCACAAGGAAUUCCUCACAACUGGGCGAUCGUUCGUAGCCGUAACAUUUCGAAGACUGAUAACGGAAGCCAUUCAAAGUGGAAAUGCUGUAAAAAUGCUCAAACUCACCUUCAUAGGCGGCCAGCCAAUUACUACCCUAAAGAUAAAAGCAGAUAAACAUAACACUGAGAUUCUUAAGAUAGAUGCAUAUUUUGGUAUCGGUCAACAUGAGAGAAAAGUUUUAUUGAAAAACCAGCUUAAAGUCAUAAAUAAAACAUUGUUAGACAAGUGGAAAGACAUUAUCAAUAAAACAGAUUAUCCACUGACCACUGCUCAUUUGGAGGAACUAAAAUUGUAUAUAAACGACGAGGCAUAUUUAAAUGAUGGAAAACGCUUUCUUCAUGAAAUUCACAAUGUUGACUUUCAGCCUACAGAAAAAAAUGAACCCUAUGAAAUGCCUUAGAAAAAAAGAACGUGCAAUGCAGUACAAUGAUCACUUGAGGUUAAAAUUAAAUUUUUACAAAUAUUUUUUACAGGUGAUGUUAGAGGAAUAUUUAUUGUGUCAGAAAUCACAUAUUUUCUGCUAAUGCAAAUUAUGUGACCAGUAGCCAUCUUGUUUUUCAUGCCAUGGGGUCCAGUGCUUGUAGUGUGAUUUUCACUUGCUGUGAUUCAGCUCUGCCCCACAUUUCACCACAUUUGAUGCAGGAAAUUAUUCCUUUUUACUUAGAAGACAUGCAAGAUUAUUGUAAAAAAGGAAAAUUACCAACAAAUAACAACUUUGUGUAAUAAUCACUGAGACAUUUCCCCCCCCUGCUGAAGUGCCAUGUCAUGACAAAGUUUGAAUAAUCUUAGCUUUUCUCAUGACUAAUGUCAUGGUAAAUUAUUACCAGAAUAAUGCUCUAGUAAUGAGUUCCUUUACAGCUGUCAUGCCUUAUUUAUUUAUUUCAUUUUCAAAACACCCUGUGAUGGGAACUGUUUCUUCUGGGCUAUAAGUAGCCAGGUUGAGAGACAGCUCUCUGUAAACUUUGCAAUAUGGUUUACAAUUCCCUGUCAGAUCUGUCUAAAGAAGAAAAAAAUGUGCUGCAACAUUCAUUGGCAUACCUCUGUCUAUAAGAAUGUUUUUGUGUUUUUGGUACUCCUACAGCAUCGCUAGUGGUUGAACAAACCAAUACAGGAGUAGCAGUCCCAAUUGCAGGAUGAGCAUGUGAAAGUUGUUUGCGCAUACAUCUGUGACUGUUGCUUCUUUCUUGUCUUCUCUUCUGCAAUGUCACUCCCCGGAAGUGCAGGAUGUGCCCUAUAGCCUGGAGAUUGCUGAUUCGAAUCUGGGCUAUACCACUGCUGGCUGUGGCUGGGAGCUCCCAGGGAGCGGCGCACAAUUAGCCCUUGAGAGUCAGCAGUGUAGUAAUAGGAUCUGCAUUUCUUUUGACUUGCGACUUCUGGUUAGCUUCACUGUCAGCUUGUGGAGUGAAAGAAAGUAUGUGGCCUGACAACGCACGUUGAGUGCAGUUUUAGUUUAUGCAUGCUCUCAAAUGUUUGAAAUAGUAUUUGAUCCUCUAGUUCUAUUGCUUACAUUUUUUGGAUAUAUCUUGCUAAACUGUUUCACAAUGUCAAAGGAAUGUGUUUUAUUUUCUUCAAACUGAGAUGUGCAUUGACGAAACAAGUUUUCAGAGAUGUUAAGCAAAGAUUGACUUUAAAUGAUUUGUAGAAAUAUAAUGUAUGCUGAAUGAUCAAUAUGUUGAUGACAUUGUGUAUCUAUUUUGUUUGUUUGUUUUGUAUGUUUCAAAACAAUCUUUUAAAAGAGUUCAGUAACCGUGA